CAAUUUAAAGUCAUUUCUCGUCUCAGACGUCAGAUGACCUGUUUUGUACGUACUAUUGACGUUAUGAUUUAGGACGUUGUUAUGACGUGAAACUUUGAUGUGAUAAUGACGUCUUUUUGAAGUCGUAAAAACUGCAUAAUAUUUAUAAAAAUGUUAUUAAUAUUUACAAAUGUAAAAAAACCAGAAAGUUCAUAGCGAUGUUCUCAUUCUGUAAUACAUAUAAUUCACGUUAUUCGAAAUAUUCAUUCAUAAACACCCCCUUAUAAAUCUAUUCGACUUUUUAUUACACAUCACGGAGGUUAGGAAUGCUUUUUCUGAUGGAAUAAUGCGAUGUGUUACAUGUUAUUAAAAGUGCGAUAUGUUAUUAUGAUAUAUAUGGAGCUCUUGAAAAAUUGCUAAUAUUUUAUGUAAAUUUAAAACUCGCGCCAACAAAUUGCUUGCAGCGCAGGCGUUAACUUUCGACUAAGCCCGGGAAAUCGUCGCGUCCGCGUCGUACCCAGAGACUCUCUCUGUCCAUAGUGUCGUACCAUUCGUAGAUUCGUACGUGGUGAUACGUUAAAAUACGUUAAAAUGGCGUUCUGUAUCGUGGAAUUUCGUGAUAAUGAAAAUGACGCCAAUUCAGUGGCGGCAAUACAUAGUUCGUGGCUUACACCACUGAAAAGAGAAGCUUUCUGGCCGCCUUUUAAAGAGCAACACCGGUUUGAUAAAGCCUUGCGAUCUGGCGAAAGUGUAGACACGAGUAGGUGGCAGUUAUGCUCAGUAUCGCGAAUUUUUUAUACAACUGAUGAUCUGCUCAAAGCAAGGCAAAAGUUAAAAGUAGCAGAAUUAUCUUCCAAUUUAGAAAGUGAUGAAUUGGAUGGGGAAGAUUUUAGUCGAUCGAAAAGAAGAAAGAAAGUUGCAAAAAAACUUUAUGUUAGUUCUGAUGACGAAAGUGGUCAAUCAGAAGAUAAUGAAAAUACUUUAACAAGGCCUCCAGCCAUCAAAAGCAAGAAGGUGUUCAACAAGAAAAUACAAGAUUCUGAACUAUUCCCAGUAUCACAAUUUCCUAAUGAAUAUACUCAGUUAUCGCAAGCAUCACUAGGACGUCAAUCAUUGCACCAGAGUUCUAGUACGUUGUUGAAGUCGCCCAAUUCUUCUGCACCAUCUCUUGGAAGCAGAGUGGAUUGCAUCUCUACACCGGUUUUUGAACAGUACACCUUCAGCUAGCCAUUUAAGUGUGACAGACAAGCUUAUAAAAUUAGUGUCGCAUGUUAAGCAACAGAAUUAUCACAUAUUAGCAUGGAUUGCUAAACAAAAUAUCAACACCACAAGUGUUAUGACCCCUGAUGACCUCCCUUUUUCAUUUCCACUUGAAAGUUUUGAUGAGCUGAAUGAAUUUGAUGAGUAUAUAAGGAAUAAUAUUGACAAGUUCAAAGCAUUGGAAUCAUACUUAUCGACAUUAGGGGGAAAUAGCAUUACUUCUAUAACAAAUCGAAUCAUUAAACAUCUUUUAUCAGAUGUUUUAACAGUUGAGUUCAAUUAUUUUGGACAGAGAUCUCUUAAAAGGCCAUUUUGUGACUUGACGUUGAAAAAUUUGAUAGUGGGUAAGAAAUUUCUCAUCUUGCACUUGAA